AUGACUGCGGCCUAUAAGCAUAAGGCAGCUGAUACUACCAAUAUCAACUCUCCAAAAGCAGCAGUUGCUUGGGAUGCGCAGCAGCUUCUUAUAUAUCACGUCAUUGCCACCAAAGAGCGUGGUAAUGUGUUUCCCGAAUUGAAGCCCUACCCUGCCGAUGACCAGAUCCGGCAGUUUAUUACCGGCCCUGGCAAUGAAGACCCCGGUAUUAGCAAACAUUACUUGGUCGGCAAGUAUGGCACCAAUCUUAGAGAGAUUUGGGCGGCCCUAGCGACUGUUACUGCUUAUAAGCACAAGCCAGCUACCAAUAUCCCCCCUGCUACAAGCAGCCAGAGCACCUCACCAAGCAAAAGACCCAGGCGAAGUGGGCCAGCCCCGAAAUACUACUCUUCCGACUCUGACGAACCUGGCAUGAGCCGCCAAGACGGCAAUAUCAGCGACUAUAUGGAGCAGGUAUCAGCUAAAGAUCUCCCCCCGGAAGAUAGCGUGGUGCUACUUAUUACGCGGGUCUUGAACCUUAUAAGCUAUCGUACACAACCAUUUGGAUCGCUCGUUUGGAUCGCUCGUGUUAAGAAAUACGGAUGA